GCUUUAUAUAGCUGCAGCAGGGGACAGUGGGGACAUAAAGCAUUGCGAGAAAGAGACACUAACAAAUGGAAGACUUGAGGAUACAAAAUGUCGACCUGGAAAAGUUUGAAAACCAGCGGGAGCACAGGACUGAGGACUUCACCAGCUCCAAAGCCCUGGUGGUGCGAAGAGGAGCCCCGUUCAGGCUCAGUCUGCAGCUCGGGGGCCGACCCUUCAACCCCAACACUGACUCUCUGACCAUUAAAAUUAUGCUAGGCCGCCUGUAUGUGAUGAUGCCCGUCACUUUCUCCACGAAGGUUUCUACCUCACACUGGAAAGCGUACAUGGACCCACGGGGCCUGAACCCCCAGAGACCCUCCAUAUUCAUCUUCUCUCCCGCCACCUCCUCUGUGGGCGGCUACAAAUUUGAGCUCUGUCUGUACACUCAGAAUGGCCAAAGGAAGUGCACCUAUGGCAAAUUCAUCCUGCUCUGCAAUCCUUGGUGUCGUGAGGACGCAGUGUACAUUCCCUUUGAGGACCAGAGAGAGGAGUACAUUCAGAGUGACUCUGGGUUGCUGUUUAUGGGGACGCCAAUGAACCUUGCGGCAAGACCGUGGUCCUUUGAUCAGUAUGAGCCUGGUAUUCUGGAGACGUGCCUGAGUCUGCUCCAAAUCAGCCCUCAGCACCAGAAGAACAGGAGACUGGACUACCAGAACCGAGGAAACCCCAUCUACAUCGGCCGGGUGGUGUCUGCCAUGAUCAACAGCGAAGACGACCGCGGGGUGGUGAAAGGAAACUGGUCAAGCAACUUCUCGCAGGGAGUUAAUCCGUCCUUGUGGACUGGGAGCAGGGACAUCUUGAGACAGUGGGCUCAGUCUGGUUACAGCCCAGUCAAGUAUGGACAGUGCUGGGUGUUCGCAGCUGUCAUGUGCACAGUCAUGAGAGCUUUUGGCAUCCCCUGCCGCGUCGUCACAAACUUCAACUCUGCUCACGACACCAACGGCAACCUGGUGAUUGAGGAGUACUACACCGAAACGGGCCGGAAGCUGAACCACAGCAGAGACAGCAUAUGGAACUUCCACAUUUGGGUGGAGUGCUGGAUGACUCGGCGGGAUCUGGGAUAUGGAAUGGAUGGCUGGCAGGUUCUGGACCCGACCCCCCAGGAGAGGAGCAAAGGAGUGUUCUGCUGCGGCCCAGCUCCGGUCAAAGCAGUCAAGGAUCGGCGUAUUGACCUGUUUUACGACAUCCCUUUUGUCUACGCCGAGGUGAACGCCGACGUCCACACGAUCAUAGUGAGCGACGGCCGAGUGCUCGGCUACAGCAACGACACAGAGAGAGUGGGAUCCUUUAUCUGCACCAAAGCCGUGGGCUCACCCAGACCCCAGAACAUCACACGAGACUACAAAUACAUCAAAAGCCCGACUUCAACGCUUAGGUCAAGAAGUUCCACACUGUCCGAAGACUCAACGUCAACGAGGGCAGGCCCGUCCAAGGGGGUGGCAGUCCUCCUCGUCCUGGAUAAAGCUCCUGUUGCCGGGGAGCCUAUCCGCUUCACGGUGAAAGCCAUCAAUAAGCAGAGCAUUGCCAAGAUGGUGAAGGUGCAUCUCAAUGCCCAGGCCAAAGAAUUCAACCACAGCCCCUCGGACACCAUCUGGGAAAACCACAGUGUCAUACAACUGGCACCCAUGGAAGCCAAGGUAAUCCAACAGCAGAUCCUCCCAGCGCAGUAUGAGGAUGUGAUAGGAGACAACCUGAUCAACCUCGCGGUCGUCCUGGAGGACAUGAACAGUCAGGAGCGGGUCCUGGCCUCAGAGGAGUUCAAUAUCGCCAGCCCGCAGCUCACCAUAGAGGUUGCAAAUGAAGACUCCAUCGUGGCGAACAAAGAGCAAACCGCCACAGUGAUCUUCACCAACCCGUUUUCAUACCCGGUGAGUGGAGUGCUGACCGUAUCCGGGGCCGGGCUGAUCCAGGACAGGGUUCGCUUCAGGAUGUCGCCGCUGCGUCCAGGAGGAAGAGCGGAGCAGCACAUCACCUUCAUCCCCACCAUGGCGGGAACAAAGAUGCUGCAGGCCGACCUGUCGCUCAAAAAAAUCAACUCCACCAUCAGAGGCUUCAAGAUGGUCUUUGUCAGCAGGGCUUAGGUCCUGUUUUUUUUUUUUUUUUUUUUUUUUUUGCUAUUCUUCUGGCUCAGGUGUCGCAUUUGGGCACAAAACUUACAUUUCUGAUGUCAGCAUUGUUGCGCUUCAUAAACCCACGUUCCAUUUAUGUUGUAAAUACCAAAUGAUGCCAGGACCUGAGUCAGUUGCAGAAGAAAUGCCAAGAUUACUGUUAUUCCCUUGCAUUUUUUCUAUUGCUUUGUAUCAUAUACAUGUGAAAAUAAGUUAUUUAUUUUGCUAUUUAUUCAGCUAUUUGUGUUUGAGCCAUGAAAAUGAACAUUGCUACCUGAAAAUCCGCCUUUACUUGAAACUGAAAACACGUAACAGAUAAUUUUGCUUGUACUUUAUGCCUCAAAAAGUUAAAUAAAAUAAUGUGUUUAAAUCUA